AUGCAAGCCACCAGCAGCGAUUGCGAUACGUCGUCUAACUCGCUCGGCCAGCGCCGAGGCAUAUCCGAUCUGGCGCGAUUCGCCCUCGACCUGACUUGGGCAUCUCCUCCAAGAGCAGAGUUCGCAACUCCUGCUCAACCCAGAGACUACCCUUCUCCGCCCAUGUCAGGGUCUCCUCCACUCCCGCCCAAAGCAAACCAAGAGGUUGGUGACCGAGGGCAACAACCGCAUGGCAGCUAUCCGUCCGUCAACCCACAAGAUGCCUACAGGGGAGGACCACCACCACCACCGACCACACAGCAGGGCGACAUCCGAGGACAUCCGCCGCCGCAGACCCUCCCGCCCCCUCCAACACGACCUUAUCACACCGAGCAGCCAGACAGAAUGGCCUACUCCUACCCACGCCCUGACGACCACUUGCGAAAUCCGCCAUCCGGAUAUGCCCACAUGGCAAGCCAGGCAUUGCAACAACGGCCGCCGCCGUAUAUGCAGAUGCCCGGCCCUCCGCCGCCUCCGUCCCAACAUCCACACUACCCGGCACCGAUGCCGCAGCAGCCUCCCCAGGAGAACGCCCCCUACACGUCUCCCAAGACGCAACGAAAGACAAAGGGCCAUGUGGCAUCAGCCUGCGUGCCAUAUGUGACGGAAGACGCCUGCGUCGACGUGCAGCACAAGAAGCGUGGCCGCCCACGCUUGAGGGACGACCGAGAGGGCCGGUACGGGCCCUCGACAUAUCCGCAUCCGCAGGAUGCAGCUGCAGCAAGGAGGCCGUUGAGUCUGUACUCUUCUGGCGGUCCUAUCUCAGGGUACGAUGACCCCAUCCGACGUAGUCAGUCCUAUCGCGUUCUAAAGUCUCAACCAAGCGAACCCCUUGCGCCUCGAUACCUAGAACGGGCCUCGCCGGCUGAUGCGAACCUCUACGCACCUCCCCUGUCCGCCGCGCCGGGUGCGCCUGAGCCGGUCGUGUAUUUGACAAUGGAAUUGGAUAUUGCACGAGUUUCGCAGACGUUCUCAGAUGCCGUCGGCAUCGUCAGCGUUCGAGGUCGAAAACUCUUCGACAUCGUCGUGCCCUCGGAUCGAGAAAAGGUGCAGAGCCACCAACGGCAGAUGCAGGACGAGCGGGCGAGGAAAGAUCCGGUGUACCUGCCACCCAUCUUUGGCCAGCACGAGCAGGAGCGUGUCUUCGAGUCGUUGCGGUUUGAGGCGGAUGAGCUGUCGCGGUUCCAACUGGAUCGUCAAGACUUCUUCGUCUUCGCAUCGAGCGAUGGCCAGCCCCGGUCGUUCUCGGUCCGCAUGGGUCUUGCGAAGCGGGAGUCGAUAUACUUUAUCGUGCUCCUAUUGAACGCUGCGCCCAGAUAUCCGUAUCCCUCACCUUCACCUCACGCCAGAGACAUUCCGUACUCGUACCAGCAACAGGCUCCGCCGCCGCCACCACAGUCACAGACGUAUGCCCAACAUACGCCGAUGUCUGCGACGUUUGAGCCUUCUCGGACUCGGUUCGGGGAGAGCACACUAGCGCCCCGGCCGUCUCCGGGACAGCCUCCGCACAUGGCAUCCGGAUUGAGUCCGGGCGUCAGCCCUGGCAUGCCAUCAUACGCGGCCUCACCUAGCCGUCCUGACUACGCUGUCGGACCGUCCUCCUACCAGAUCCCCCGCAGUGAGUUACCGCCGACCACUCGGCCGCCGCAACCCUCAUUCCAGCUCCCUCCGAUCCGCGCUGGCCCGCAUCAGCCUCCUCAACCGGAACCAUCAUGGCAAAGAGAUGAGCGGUCUUCCGGUCGUGUCGACAUCGGCGGCUUGCUUGAACAACCGGACCCGCAGCAGCGCCGUCCGCAAUGA